UAUGGUUCGAACCGAAAGCCACCAUCACCACCAUCACCACCAGCAGCAGCACCAGCUGCUGUCAUGUGAAACAGCUGGACGAAAGGAGGUGGAUAAAGAAAAUUAAGAAACAGUGUCUGCACACGAAGGUAUUCCAUCUUUCAGCUAUCUGGUGAGGCGACAGGAUGGCGGGUGCAGAGGUGUACACCCCUGCAAACCCCACCUGCAAGAUAAUGACCUUCAGGCCCACCAUGGAGGAGUUCAGGGACUUCAACCAGUACCUGGUCUACAUGGAGUCUCAAGGGGCGCACAGGGCAGGCCUGGCUAAGGUGAUUCCUCCUAAGGGCUGGAAGCCGCGGCGUACCUACGACGACAUCGACGACGUGAUGAUCAAUGCUCCCAUCCAGCAGAUGGUGGCCGGCCAGUCGGGCCUCUUCACACAGUACAACAUCCAGAAGAAGCCCCUCAGCGUCCAGGAGUUCAGGAGGCUCGCCAAUAGUGACCAGUACUGUACACCUCGGUACCUGAACUAUGAAGACCUGGAGAGGAAGUACUGGAAGAACCUGACUUUUGUCUCGCCCAUAUAUGGAGCUGAUGUCAGUGGAAGCCUCUAUGAUGAGGAUGUGGAGGAGUGGAACAUUGGCCAUCUGAACUCCAUCCUGGAUGUGAUCGAGGAGGACUGUGGAGUGUCCAUCCAAGGCGUCAACACGCCCUAUCUUUACUUUGGCAUGUGGAAGACCUCCUUCUCCUGGCACACGGAGGACAUGGAUCUCUACAGCAUUAACUAUCUGCACUUUGGAGAGCCCAAAUCCUGGUAUGCCAUCCCCCCCGAGCAUGGAAAGAGACUCGAGCGACUGGCCACAGGUUUCUUUCCCAAUAGCUUUAAGGGCUGUGAGGCUUUUCUUCGCCAUAAAAUGACUCUAAUCUCGCCUUCCGUACUGAAGAAAUACGGGAUCCCCUUUGAUAAGACCACUCAGGAGGCAGGGGAGUUCAUGGUGACGUUCCCCUACGGCUACCACGCUGGCUUCAACCACGGCUUCAACUGUGCAGAGUCCACCAACUUCGCCAGUCUCCGAUGGAUAGACUACGGCAAGGUGGCCACACAGUGCACAUGCAGCAAGGACAUGGUGAAGAUCUCCAUGGAGCCCUUCGUGAAGCGCUUCCAGCCCGACCGCUACCCCGCCUGGAUGCUGGGGAAGGACCCCACGCAGAUAGACCACACCGCCGCCACCCCCAGGACCACGCCCGAGCUGCAGACCUGGCUGCAGCGCCGCCAGAAGAGCAAGCCCUCCAAUAAGAGUACCACACAUUCCCGUACUCGCUCCAAGCGGCUCAGGACCACGGAGGAGCCCCCGGGCCUGGAAGGAGGUGCAGCCCUGAGCGGCGGCGGCUGCAGCAGCAGCAGGAGCAGGAGGAGAGGUCUAGCAGGAGGCCCACUGGGACCCAAGGUACGCCGAUCUCAGCAACACACAACCUGCACGCCAGGAGAGGAGGAGGAGGAGGAGGAGCAGGAGGAGGAGGAGGAGGAGGAGGAGAAGGAGGAAGACCACCAGAACUCUCUCCGCCUCCCUGACCCCUGCAGACAGAUGUGUGUGGUCAAGGUGAACCGGGUCGAGAGCGACAGACUCAACCUUUGUAAAUCAGAGCCAUCCCAAACCCCUCUCUCCCUCCCCCCUCACCCCUCCGGCCCUCCGUGUGAGAAAGCCCCCUCGGUAAUCGCCGUGGCUCCCAGUAAACCCAAAGGACCCUCGGUCGCAGAGGUCAAACCUCUCACCGCUAAAAGAGCCAAUUGUGAGUCUGUGGCGGCCCUCUCAGACCCUCUUGGACCGCGGGACCUGGCCAGCCCUCCGGACCACUCCAGAGGGAUUAGCCCACGGAGCAGCCGCCCGGCGGCCCCCUGCCCCCGUACGGCGGCUAACCUCACGGUGUGGCUGCAUCCUCUGCACUCAGACAGCCACUCGUCGGGCCCUUCACCCAGCGAGGGAGCCUCUAGGCCCGGAACGAGGACUGAGGAAGAGGGGGGCGGGGCGGAUCGGCAGGGUGCCCUCGAAGCUGAGGGGCCGGCUGCCACCACCGCUCACACACACCGCACCGCAGGGGCCUUUUAUAACGGCGCGUUGGCAGAGGGCGGCAGGGAGGCGUCAGCCCGCUCGCCCCUAGAGCCGUGGCCCCCCGACUUCACCCCCCCCGACGGCGUGGCGGCAGAGGAAAACCUUUUCCCGCCUCUCCUCACUCCCGAGCUGCCGGCAGAGGGGCCCGAGAACGGCCCCGCUCCCCCCGUGCUCACCCAGGAGAUGCCGUCCCUGACGCACGCCGACGCCGGGCUGAGCGAGGUCACGGCGUCCCCGCCGCGGCCGCCUCAGCAGGGGGCGCCUCUGCUGAGGCGCCAAACGCCGGCGGACCCCCCUGCGGCCUUCGACGACGCCGUGACCUCUCUCGCGCCGGCGGCGCUCUCUCGCACGCCUUCUGAGCCUGAUGUUCAGCGCGAGCGGCUAGCGAGUGACGGCGGGGGUCCCGGGGUCCCCACCACCGCGGGCAGCGCUGCUGACUUAAGAACUGCUGCCGCCGCUGACGGCGCGGCCGAUGUGGUAAUGCAGACGGCGGUGCCGGCCGUCGCAGCGGAGAGGGCCCACACUACGUUACGACACUUCAGCCUCAGAGACGGCGCUGCCGUCGCAGAGCUCCCGUUUGAACUAGCAGAGCCCGCGGCCUCCGAGCACCGCGCGGCCGCAGACGAAGCCCCGAUCCUGCUCGGCACCGACUCGUUUAUGCCCAACGUCUCGAGCCACGACCACAGAGUCCUCUCGGCCCCCCCGCAGCUGCAAAGGCUCGGGCACGAAAUGGACGACGCUCUCUUCGAGCCCGGCGCCUUCUCGUCGUCCGGCUACUCAUCGAGCCCCUACGAGGAGCCAAAGCCCUUCUCCAGCAGCAUCUGGAAGAACCUGACCUCCCCGAGCCCCGCCGUGCUCAUCCAGAGCCUGCACGCCGACUUCGCCCACGAGAACCUCCCUUACACCAUGUGGACCGAGCCCCAGUACAAGGAGGUCACGGACCCCGACGGGCCCCGGCCCGACGGCGACGCGGCCAAUCAGGAAGAAGGGGGCGCGGCUCUCACCUGGGCCCAGCUGGAGCCCACCUCGCUGCUGUCGGUGGGCACCGCCGAGCCCCCGGGGCUGGCGGCGGAGUACGAGCCCUGCAGGGGGGACGCGGAGGCGAUGGGGGCCCAGGGAGGGCGCAGGGAGCCGGGUACGGCCGGUGCCCCGGGCUGCCUGGGUCCCGUCACUCCGGGUGCAGCGGAGCAGGUCUCCUUCAUGGCGGGAGAGGGGGACGGGCGGGAGGAAGAGGAGCAGAGCAGCGCCCGGGGGGACAGUAGCAGUGAGUCAUCCCCAUCGUCGGAAGAGGACGAGGAGGAGGAGGAGGAGGAAGACGAGGAGGAAGAUGAGGGAGACUGCAUGAGUGACUAUGAGCAGUGUGAUGCGAGGCUGGAACCUGGAGAGGUCUGUCCGUACCCUGCUCAAUCCGUGAAGAGGACGAGUAAGAGCUGGCGCCACCCUCUGAGGAAACCCACGGCCAGGGCUGUGCCCACUGCUGUGAAGCAGCAGACCACCAGUGACGAUGAGCCCAUGGACGUCAACCCGGCCGAUGGCGGCGAACAGGAAAUGGAGCUCUGGGCUAAGCCCCUCCUCUUCCUGUGGCAGAGCAGGAAGCCGUGUUUCACAGCGGAGAAGGAGUACAACGCCAACGCCGCCACCAUGCAGCCGCACUGCGCCGUGUGCACGCUCUUCAUGGCCUACUACCAGGCUGAAGACAAAGCGGAGGACGCCAAGUCCUCCCCGGGGUCCGCCGUCCACGCCGCCCCGCUCCAGGACCCCUCCUCCCCGGGCCCCCCCAACCACGGGGGUCUGAGGAGGACCAAGCCCCUGGUGCCGGAGAUCUGCUUCUCCUACCGGGAGCAGAACGGGCCGCCAACCCCCACCAACCCCCGGCUGCAGGAGGACGGCUCCUCGGCGCUGCUCUCCUGCCAGGGCUGCUGUCUGCAGGUCCACGCAAGCUGCUACGGAGUCACGGCAGAGGACGUCAGAGAGGAGUGGUCAUGUGACCGCUGCACGGCGGAGCGCUUCAACGCGGAGUGCUGCCUCUGUAACCUCCGGGGCGGCGCGCUGAAGAGAACCACAGAUGACCGGUGGGCCCAUGUGAUGUGCGCCAUAGCUCUGCCAGAGGCGAGGUUCAGCCACGAGGCCAAGAGGAGUCCCAUCGACACCAGCAUGAUCCCUCUGCAGAGAUACCGCCUGAAGUGCACAUACUGCCACAAGCGCUGCUCGGGGAAGCGGCACGCCGGGGCCUGCAUCCAGUGCUCCUACGGCCGCUGCCCCACCUCCUUCCACGUCACCUGCGCCCACGCGGCCGGCGUCACCAUGGAGCCCGACGACUGGCCCUACGUCGUGUCCAUCACCUGCCACCGGCACCAGUCACGGAGCUCCGCUGCGAAGCAGCGGGCCAGCGAGGCGGCCAUCUCCCUGGGCCAGACGGUCAUCUCCAAACACAAGAACCUGCGCUACUACAGCAGCAGGGUGACGCAGGUCAGCUCGCAGGCCUUCUACGAGGUCAUGUUCGACGACGGCUCCUUCUCCAACGACACCUACCCCGAGGACAUCGUGAGCCGGGACUGUGUGAGCCUGGGGCCCCCCGAGGUGGGGGAGGCGGUGCAGGUAAAGUGGCCCGACGGCCUCUACUACGGAGCCAAGUACCUGGGGUCCAACACCACCCACAUGUACCAGGUGGAGUUUGAAGAUGGCUCCCAGGUUCUGGCCAAGAGGGAGGAUGUGUACACCCUGGAAGAAGACCUGCCUAAAAAGGUGAAAGGAAGACUUUCCACGGCCUCCAGCAUGCGCUUCCAGGACACCUUCUUCACCACGCAGGUGGAGAGGAAGCGCCAGCGCACGCCCAACUCCCGCUUCCAGAAGGACUACGUGGCUCUGUCGGCCAGGAGCUCCUGGGAGCCACGCAGCCCGAAGGGCAAGUGAGGAAGACCACCAUGAGGAGGAAGAAGGACGGGUUGGAUUAAUCUGCAGAUCAACGACAAAUGAAUGCACUGAAUUGAGAGAGGGGAUUUGUGAUCGAUGGAUGGGGGGGGUUGUGUGUGUGUGUGUGUGUGUGUGUGUGUGUGUGUGUGCGAAGCUGCCGCUAGGAUGGAGCCUAGGAUCUCUAAUGUCCGCACCACAGAGGUUAUGCACAGUGUUAAAGGCUGAGGCAGUCUGUACUACCAUCCCUCUC